UUUCUCCGGCGGAGCUCGCGCAGCAGUGUUGUCUGAGCUCGUGGAGGCAUUAAAAAGGCAGCAGCAGCAGCGACAGCAGCGACGAUGUUUACCGGGAGCACGAGCGCAUGUGUGACGCUGUGUUUGUGGAUUACGGUGCUGACGAGCGUCUCUGCUAGGAAGCAGGACGACUCCUUCUUCACCGCCAGUGUUUACCGAGCGAGAUGCGCCUCGAGGUGCCUCAGCCUGCACAUCACUCGCAUCUCCGCGUUCUUCAAGCACUCCCAGAAUAAUGGCUCCUUGGUGUGGUGCCAGAAUCACAAGCAGUGCUCCAAGUGUCUGGAGCCCUGCAAGGAAUCCUGGGACCUGAAGGAAAACCAGUGCCAAGAUUUAUGCGAGCCCCUUUUCCCCAAGAAGCACUACGAGUGUCUUACAAGCUGUGAGUUCUUGAAGUCCGUUGAGGGGGUGAAGCAAGGCGACUGCCCUGCCCCCGAGAAGGCCAGUGGCUUUGCCGCAGCCUGUGUAGAGAGCUGUGAGGAAGAUGGAGAGUGCUCAACGGUCAAAAGGUGCUGUAGCAACGGCUGUGGUCACACCUGCCAGGUGCCCAAGAAUCUCUACAAAGGAGUCCCUCUGAAACCAAGGAAGGAUCUGGUGUUCCUGGAGCAGCCUUCGGGUCAGCUAGAGAUCCGCUGGUCGUCCAAGUUUAAUAUCUCAGUCGAGCCGGUCCUCUACGUUGUGCAGCGCCGCUGGAACUACGGCAUCCAUCCCAGCGAGGAUGAUGCCACCGAAUGGCAAACAGUGGCUCAGACCGCAGAGGAGCGCAUCCAACUGGCCGACAUCAGAGCCAGCAGAUGGUACCAGUUCAGAGUUGCAGCCGUCAACGUGCACGGGACCCGCGGCUUCACGGCGCCCAGCAAACACUUCCGCUCUUCCAGAGACCCUUCAGCACCUCCCAGCCCAACUAAUCUGCGUGUCACCAACGUGACUUUGACUGACGAAGGCCUGGUGACGGUUCAUCUCAACUGGAGCUUGCCUGAGGAGCCUGAUAUUCCCAUUCAUCACUACAAAGUGUUCUGGAGCUGGACUGUGCCCUCAAAGUCGAUGGUUCCAUCCAAGAAGAAGAGGAGGAAGACCACCAAUGGGGCUCAAAACUGGGUGGAUCUGGAGGGACUGCAACAAAACAGCAGUUAUACUGUCGAGCUGCAGGCUGUCACAUACUGGGGACAGGUGCGCCUGAAGAGCUCCAAGGCAUCUCUCCACUUCAGUACCUCUCAGAAUAAUGAAUCAGCAAAAUCUACACUCAAGUCCAAGAAGGAGGAGAUCUCCCCUCUGGGCUCAACACUGACCAAACGCCCCUCUGGGCCUCUGGAAGUGGGCACACCCUUCUACCAGGAUGGUCAGCUCCAGGUCCGAGUCUACUGGAAGAAACGGGGAGACCCCACGGUGAGUCGCUACCAUGUCCAGUGGAUGCCUGAGUACUGCAGCCACAACGAGACCCGAGGCCCAGAGAAAUCAGUCACACAGGAAAACUACAUCAACCUCCCCGGUCUGCUGUUCUCCUGCAAGUACAAAGUUAACGUUCAUUUGCUAAAGUCCAAGAGGCGCUCCAAGGACGAAAGCACCACCUUCUUCACCCCAUCCUGUGCUACCAUCCGGAGCAAGACCCACAAACACAUCCCCUGCCCAGGGGAGGGAGCUUCAGUGCUUCCAAAGGUUCUGGCUAAGCCAGAAAAUCUGACGGCCUCCUUCUCAAUGAAUGACGGAAACAUUACCGGCAGCUUCCUGUGGCGUGUGUCCAGGGUGGCUCCUCACCAGCGGAUCACAGGCUUCCAGGUCACCUGGGCGGAGAUCAACACUGAGAGCCGGCAAAACAGUCUGCCCAAUAGCAUCAUAUCCCAGUCUCAGAUCCUGCCUCCAGACCAUAAUCUGCUUGUUGUAUCCAACUUGCGGCCGUCUACCUACUACAGACUGGAGGUGCAGGUCAUAACAACUGGAGGAGAAGGACCUGCCACUGUCAAGACCUUUCAGACCCCAAAUAUACAACCAGUGGCACAACACCGACCCAGACUCCGGCAGCACCACUCUCAUCACCAGAAGCCACCAUUAGACAAACACUAAGUUUGCACAUCAAGGCAAACCCAACUUGUCCAGGAGAAGUACCUGUGAGUCUCUGUUCCUGUCAGCUAGGAAAGGAAUGUGUGGAACCUAACAGAAACUCAGCGCACCGGACCAUGAAGUGGACCACCCCCCUGCACUCCCUCAGCUCAUGAAAAAUGAGUCUAUCUUCUCCAGGCUCCAGGCUCCAACAACGCAUCAGCUCCCCCCCCCCCCUCUCUUCACUUAGAUGUUACCGGAUGGGUUUGUGUGUGUACAGUGACAUUUUAAACUACAAGGUUUCAUAUUCUAUGCUGGUUAAAGCACAACCCCUCCUUCCUCAUCUCAGCUCAUUUCAGACUUAAAAGGAAGUGAUGAAAUUCCCGGUUAAAUAUUUACCAAAAUUAGUUUUUGAUCCAGCUGUCACUGUGCACAAAAAAAGCGACCUUUGAUUGGAUUUGAUAAACAUGUGGUUGAAAGCAACACAAUUUCUCUGGGACUUAGCCUGAUGAGAAUUGGAUGGUUGGGAAAUGUCAGAAUAUUUGCUUAUCCAUGAAGAAAGAAAACGUAGAACUUAAUCUAUUUAUUUUAUUUUUACCCAUUAAAGAGGCGCUUAGACAUGCAGUCUGUACUGAUGGAUGAUGUAACUAAAGUCCUUAUUGUCUAACCCAGAAUAUCUCACGUAGUAUGUUGCAUGUAGUCCAUUUGAUUUUGAUUGAGCUGUAAAUGAAUUACUUGCUUCAAAUUGAAAGCUCAUAAUGUUUUUUUUUUUUUUUUUGCAUGACAACUGUUAGCAUCCUGUUGGCAUGAAAUAAUGUCUCUGUGUUACCUCUUUUCAGUAUGUUAGCAAUAUUUCAUUAACAGAUUAACAAAUAAUUAUACUGAAAGUAAUAUUUCAUGUUUAUUAAUGAAAUUAUAACGUGUGGAGAUGAAUUGUACAUGUUCUUGGCUGUAGAAAUAUUUGUCUUGGAGCAGUCAGUCAGUGUCUAUAUUUAUUUAUGUGAGUAUUACGUUUGCUUUUUGAUGUGUGAAUGUGUUUGGUUUUGUUUGUGUGCUGUAGUCUCAGUUUUUUAAAAGUGAUAAAAAAUAUUGACAAAAAAAAUCUUGUAAAGACAUUUUGUAAAAAAGGAUUUGUAAAUACAGUCUUAUGUUACAUGUUAUUUUUCCAUGCUAGAACCUGUACAAACUGCUAAGUAAUAAAAUAACUCCUAACCUG